AUGGCAUCGAGUGGUGGUGUUAAUAAAAUCUCUACCGGCAACACCAAGGGCAAAAAAUCUCACCUUCCUGAAAUGUUAGAACGAGACAAAGAAGGCCAUCUGCCCCCUGGAUUUAUGGAAAGGGUAGCUGCACAGGCGUCUAUUUCGCAAGGGCGUCACCCGCCAGACAACCCCGCAGACACAUACGAUGGAGGUCAGCUUGACGACAAUGGCCCGAUUGACCAAGCCAAUUCUUCGCCACCAUCAGACAGCUCAGUGGUGAAAUCUAUCGAGAGAGAUGACACCCCGAUGCAUGAUGCUGGAACCGGGUCACGCUCGAGUGGUCAUGAACGCCCUCCUGCAGCCGGUCAUUCACAGAAUCAAGAUGAUUUGUCUCCCAGUACCCGAGGUACCACCGAGCCCGAAGAGCCAGAGCUUCUAGCCACCCUUGAUCCCUCCAAUGAUGAGGAGGAAAGCGACGCGCUCGUAGAUGGAUGGGGAACCCUGCGAGGAUCAACCUUUGUCAUUCUCCAGUACGGGCCUCGCCAUGGAGCCAGAUACAAAUUCAAAUACCGACAUGGAUAUACCAAUGAAUUCAUGAAUAGCAUGUCUGAAUCGUCUCUGCGGAUCUCCCAGAUCAAAGUUAGUCCAGGAAGCAAAAACUGGCGGUAUUCCAAGAACAAUGUUGUCGGGAUCUACGGAAUUGCCUCGGAAGAAAGAAAGAAUCCAAAUAAAAAAUACAAGUCUGAUCCCUGUACUUGGUUGAAGAUAAAAUGGAAGGACCUGAGGUCAGAAGAUACCGACAAAACGCAAAAUUUUUGUUCUUGGAUUCCCAGAUCCGAUUUCAUUCGCUUCUGCAAUGGCAAGCGCGCUGCAGAUGCAAAGAUCAAAGAGGUCUGGGACAAACAAGAAGAACGCUAUCAGCGCGUGCUCCAGAGUGACACUGGAAGAGGCUCUGAGGAUCGGUCUCCCACCCCUUGCCCAUUAGGGUCAGCAGCAAGGCAAUCACUUGAGCGAGAGCAUACACAACGUCUCAGUUCACCUGCAACUCAAUUCGUAUCUGCGGGCCAAUAUGAAAUUCCCCCUUCCACUGCACAAUUGCGUCCAAGACAGGGGUCGUCAACCAACCCAAUCAACCUUGAUGGAGAUGAGGCAGCUCAGAAUCCAGUUUCCUCCGGCGCUGCUUUGAACUCGAACACCAACGCCGUGCAGAACAAGUCCAACCUCGCAAUUGGCCAAAGAGCCAUACGUACAGAAGCGGAAUUCAUUGCAGAAAGGGAGAAAGACGAGGGAUGGCAUGAUCUAGACGAUAUCCAGAGAGAAACUCGCCUUACGGUGGCGAAAGCCAUGUAUGACUUGUACCGGGACACAAUCGCCCAGAAUAUGCAACCCCAAGGCUCGGUCAAUACUCCAAUUGGCGAACGACCAGGAGUAGCCGUCGCCGCCCAUUGA